AUGAAGGUCGUUCUGCGGGUUUCCAGAUACUUUAAAGCAAGAAUGUAUAAGGAAAUGCAACCACGAAAUUACACAACUUCACGCACCGCUUCGAUAAUUAAUCUUUUAGAUGAGUCGAGGGUCCCCAAAGUUCAAUCAAGUCCCCUGGUAUACCAAAUAUCGAACAGAUCUACUGUAUAUUUAAUUACAAACGGGGAUCCGAAAAGAUUUCCUGUAAAACUACAACAAUUCUUAAACGACAAAGAUAUUCUGAAGGUUGGGGUUAACGCAAGUCAUGAUGCUGAAUGGUUGAAGAAUUCGUAUAACAUCAAGUGUCAAGGAAUCGUUGAUAUUGAGAGCAUAGCCAAAGAAAAAGGAUACUCUGCGAGAUCUCUGGCGGAACUGACGGCAAUGUUUGGCGAUGGAGAGUUAGUAUUAAAAAAAACAAGAAAAAUAUUGAAAUGGAAUUUCGAUGCGCCAAAGCUGGAUCCCGAGUUAAUUUUAUACGCCUCGUCUGAUGCUUUUGCUGGAAUUCAAGUAUACGAGAAUAUUCGUGAAAAUAAGAUGAAUCGCGUUUACCUGAAUUACGAAAAGAUUCAUCCGAUGACCAGGGAAGACGAGGAAAAAGAGAUGUACGAAAUACUCUUGCAACACUGCCCUAAAGGCAAGAGUCAAAAGCAGAUAACAUUGAUUCAAUUGCUGGAAAAUAAAUAUAUGCGGUGGAUCAAGACGAAGCCGAAGUCUCUGAUUCGGCAUCAAGAAGUGGUUAAAACGAUCAAAAAGUUUAUCGAGGAUGGACGUCUUGUCGAGAUUAAACAACAGGAGAAGUCAAAUUCGAAUACCAAGAAUGAGAAUGAUCAGAGCAUAGAUGUAAUACAAAAUUCCGAAUCAUCAAAUGCUGAAGCUGAGAAGCUUGUCAAGAUUCCUGGGGUGCCCAUUGAAACCAUCCUUGGAAGUUCAUUCGCAAAACAAUUACUAAUUUCCAAAGGACUCUCCUCUGAAGAUUGCACAUUCCUCAAGGAAAUAUCGCCUUAUGUUCUGAGAGCAAUCAGAAAAGAUUCACUCGCUAGAUUAUAUAUCAAUGAUGGAAAAAGUAAAUCAAUAGAUUCCAAAGAUGAACAAGUUGUUAAAGGGAAGCUUGGUGAAUUGAGUCGUGUUUGUGCAUUGAUGCCAGGAGUGAAGUGGAAUACUCUCAUGAUUAAUACUAGAUGGUUAGAAGAGUUGGAAAAGGGAUACGAUGAGGUCAUCACAAAAGGCCGAGGUACAGAAGGUGUGACCUCAGAAAAUAACAUUGAAGUGACAGGUUAG